GAGGAUUAGGAACUACAUUCAACAGGUAGCGUUACAUAGCGAUGUUUGGGCCUCCGUUUUCUAUUAGGUCAGAGACUGCUGCAAAAUCGAAGUCUGGUUUUUUCCGUAGCAUUUACUAUGACCCAUACAAGUGGUCGCUCGUUAAAAGCAUCACAAUGUUCGCUUCUGCGGUUUCUGGUUUUCUGAUCAUACGUGAAGUCUUCAAUGCCCCUACCCCAACUAUGUAGACAGAAAUUUUUGUUAUCAAAAAAAAUAAAACAUUCUCCUUGUUCGUUUCAGUUUUUGCUACUAUAUCCUUCAGCAUAUAUAUGCUGAAAUGGAUCUACAUAUUUCUAAACGUGUUCCUUCAUAAACUUUGUCCUUAGGUGUCUAAAGUGUCAAGUAAUGAACAGUAUGGCCACCGAAAUAAAUUACGGCAACUCGUUUGACUGUGUCGAGGUUUCCCGGGCGAGAUAUAAGCAGCUAAGAGACCGUCAAUUGAGGCGACGUCGGAUCAUUUUACGACAUCUACUGAGAAACAGUUCAUUCUCAUUAAGGUUAGAAAACAACAACCAACUCAGCCUUACUCUAUCAGAUUUACUUGGCUACCGCAAGCCUUCCUACCUACAGUUUGAUGAAAACGUUUUUAGGAAGCGGGCGAUUCUACCAGUUAUUUCUCGUUUAAAAUGCCCAGUGCUUAGUCUUAAGCUGCGUCGUGCAAUACAGUCUUUCCUAGGCGAAUCCGGCACAUUAAAUCAAGAUAAUAAACAAAUCAUACAACAGUGGGAUAAAUUCAGUCUUGAAGUUGUUGGGGACAAAUUAAGACAAACAUUGGCAUCUUGUAUAUCAACAAAUACAAACAGUAAUGUGGGUGAUAAAGCUUCAAAUGACGACAAUAUUGUUGGUAAAACAGGAGAUUCUAAUUGUGAUUUGGUCGUCAGAACAUUUACUGGUUCAGCUGCUUUUCUUAAAGGAACUCAAAGUGCUAAUCCACAUAAUGAUUACUGUCAACAUUUUGUGGACACUGGUGAACGACCACAAAAUUUUAUACGUGAUACCGGUCUGAGAAAUCGAUUUGAAGAAUAUCCUAAAUUACGUGAAUUAAUUCGAUUAAAAGAUCAGUACAUUCAGUCAAAGGCUACACCUCCUAUGUAUUUGUGCGCUGACUUACGAACAUUUGAUUUAAAUGAAUUAGACUCAAAAUUCGACGUUAUUCUGAUUGAACCUCCUUUAGAAGAGUAUCAUCGAAUGAACGGUGCUGUAUUUGAUCAAUAUUGGAGUUGGGAUGAGAUUGAACGUUUAGAAAUUGAACAAAUCGCUGCUCCACGUGCAUUUGUUUGGAUAUGGUGUGGGUCAGGUGAAGGUUUGGAUGCUGCUCGGAAAUGUUUACGUAAAUGGGGUUUUCGUCGUUGUGAAGAUAUAUGUUGGAUCAAAACAAAUAUCAAUAAUCCAGGACAUGAAGCUCUUGAACCAAAUUGUGUUUUUCAACGUACAAAAGAACAUUGCUUAAUGGGUAUACACGGAACUGUUAGACGUUCCACUGAUGGAGAUUUUAUUCAUGCUAAUAUAGACAUUGAUCUGAUCAUUGAAGAAGCUCCUCCACAGGGCAGUUAUGCUGCCAAAGAUAAACCAACUGAAAUAUUUCACAUUAUUGAACAUUUUUGUCUUGGAAGACGAAGAUUACAUUUAUUCGGUAGAGAUAGUACCUUAAGACCCGGUUGGGUGACAGUAGGUAAUGAACUUUCUGCAUCGAAUUAUGACCCACGUAUAUAUGCUAAUAAUUUUAAUAAAGACCCUAAUGGAUUGUUGCUGGGAACAACUGAAGAAAUUGAGCGAUUAAGACCGAAAUCUCCACCACCACGUCAUACGAUCCCGAAUACUGCAACAGGUGCUCCCAAUACAAUUUCUUCGCUUUCGGAAGUUAUAUCGGGUCCUGUUUGUCCUAAUCCUGCAUUGCCUACUGGACAUAUACCUCAUUCAAUAGCUUCGACAUGUUCAGUUAGUAAUUCUGUUGUGUCGAAUAUCACUUCCAUUCCUGGCAUUUCUGGCCACCCUAUACGAAGAUUUAAUACUACAAAUGUAAUUAAACCUCUCAAUUCUAUUGGGUCAUUAACUAAUUCUUCACUUUUGGGUUUACCAUCAGUUUUACAAAGUGUAACUAAUCGAAUCGGUCCUAAUACGAGGCUUAAUACGCGAACACCAAUUAAUGCAUUGUCAACUUCUAAUUCUCCACGAGCACUUGCUGCAUUGCAGGUUGCUGCAGCUGCUCAUCAAAGUUCUAUUCAUCAUUCACAUGAUUCUCCUCUAUGGUCAACUCCAAAUAAUUUUGCCGUUGCGUUAGCUGCUGCAGCAGCAACUCAUAAUUUACCUCUUGCCUCAGCAUUGAAUUCAAGGACUCCUAUUUCUGAUUCACAUUUACUUCCUGGGCUUACCAACGCUAGUAAACUGAAUCCAACUCUGUUAGCAAUGUUAAAUUCUUCAAAUCCCGUUGGACCAGUAGGUCUAUCAUUACUGAGUAGUAUUAUUCGAAGUAAUGUUUCUGGAAAGCAUCCUAAUAAUCCAUGGCAUUAAAUCUUGAGUGAUAUUACUCUUUUUUGUAGUUGUGUAUAAUUAUUUUGAUUUUAACUGUUAUAUUUUCAUUUAUAUCCCAACUAAAUAACAAGAAACAGUGAAAAAUAUUUCUCUAUCAUCGAAUACUAUAAUACUAAGCAAAAGUAUUAUUUUAUUCACUGAAAAUUGGCUACUUUUGUCACUUUUAAAAUUGUUAUUUUUAUUAAUCAGUAAUAUAUAAUACUCACGCUUGUUA